UGAGGACACGAGAGGAGACGAGGAGGAGGAGCCGCGGUUACUGCGUACAGUGGGCCCGUUUGCUCCACUCAUCAGUGUAGACAAAACACCAAGUCUGAAAACCAGAAAUUGUUAAUUGACGGGGGGAGAAAAAAGAAAGAAAUAUUAAAAUAUGCUCAGCUGACUGUGAUUUUCUUCGGGAGAAGUGAAUCUUUUACAACACCAUCUGAAGGCAGGUCGGCGGAGGAUCGGCGCGUCGGAGGAGGAGAAGGACCAUACAGAGAAAACGUGGUAGUAGAGUAGCAGACUGUCCACAGGCUGUAAAAGAAACUGUUUUGGGGUUGUUGUUGUUUUUUUGGUUUUGUUUUUUUUAAGAAAGCGGAGCCGGGUUGAUAUUACCGGAUGUAUACGGACUUGUUCCCUGACACCACGGACUGUGGCUAUACUGUGAAGUAAAGAAGAGGGGUUUAAAGUUGUCACAGGAGUAAUAAUAGUCGCACCCUGCAGACAAGAGGAUCCGCAUCUUGAUCAUUUGCGUUUUUACACGGGAGACGCGAGGAUCUGUGGACAAAAUAGAAACCGGUGAAUAGUUUUUUCUGCUCAAAACAGAAAGGACUGCGAACAGAAAAGGACGUUGUUGUUUUUUUUGUAGCUGCAUUCUGUUCUUUUUUAUUUCUUCUAUCCUGGAUGGUUAAAAUGAGCAAGAGAGCGGAUUUACAUGACUGGGACAAGUUGUGAUUUUCUCUUCACAUCACCGUCAACACAAGAAGCUGUUUGCUGUUUUUUUUUUUUUUUAAACAAAAAACAAAACAGACUGUAAAACCAAAGACAUCAGUGUGCUAAAUGAUCCAAGAACCCUGGCUUUGAUUUUAUUUCUUCUUUUUUGAUAUAACCGAGAAGAAAAAAAUACCUCAUAAGUUAUUAAACCUGGAAAGUCAAGACCCCUUUUGAAAUCCCAAAGGAAAGUUGAACAUUUUCUUUUCUGUUAGACUGUGGCUUCUGCCUCUCUUUGCUCUCAAUAUUUCAAAAAACAAAAGCAGGGGAUAACACCUGAAUAGUUUCCCGCACUAUUUAGCAAAGGCUUUACCCUUUUCCCAAAUAAUGAGGAUUGAGACGAUAUAAAACCUGUUUUAGAAACUAUUCGGUGUGGAUUAUCACCGCUACAAUUACCUCAACUUGACCUCCACCUUCACAAAGUAGCAGAGUGCAGAAGGUUGGAACAAUGCCAGAUUCACCUGCGGAUGUGAAAACCCAGCCCAGGUCCACCCCACCCACCAUGCCUCCUCCACCCCCGGCUGUCAGCCAAGCAACCAAUCGCAAUGCUUCAUUCACCCCUACUACCAGUAAAUCAAUGCUAAAUGGGAGCAGCCACUCUCCUACAUCACUGAACGGUGCUCCAUCCACUCCCAACGGCUUCAGUAAUGGGCCAGCCAUGUCCUCGACGGCCUCGCUUUCCAACCAGCAGCUCCCGCCAGCUUGCGGUGCCCGACAACUCUGCAAGUUGAAGCGCUUUCUGACCACGCUGCAGCAGUUUGGCAACGACAUAUCGCCUGAGAUUGGAGAGAGAGUGCGCAGCCUUGUGCUGGGGCUGGUGAACUCCACUCUCACCAUUGAAGAGUUUCACUCCAAACUUCAUGAGGCCACCAACUUCCCUCUGAGGCCAUUCGUCAUUCCGUUCCUGAAGGCAAACCUGCCCCUGCUGCAGAGAGAGUUGCUCCACUGUGCCAGGUUGGCCAAGCAGACUCCAGCUCAGUAUCUCGCCCAACAUGAGCAGCUUCUCCUGGACGCAAAUGCCAGUUCGCCCCUCGACUCCUCUGAGAUCAUGCUGGAGAUGAAUGAGCACGGCAAGAGAAGGACUCCUGACAGGACCAAAGACAGUUCAGAGAGAGAUGGGUUGCACCCAGAGCACCUGGCUAAGAGGCCCUGCACCAUCAGCCCCAGCCAACGAUUCAGCCCCAGCACGGGUCUUCCUGCUCACCCGCCUCCCAAUGGCCUGCCCACACACCCUCCAAAUGGACUAUCCCACCCACCCAACCCCCAAAUGGGACCCCAGCACUACCGGCUAGAAGACAUGGCCCUGGCACACCAAUACAGGGACGCUUACAGACAUAAUGAACACCGUGACGCCCGAGACAGGCACAGGCCGACAGCAGUGCAUGGAGCCCGCCAAGAGGAGGUGAUUGACCACCGUCUUACAGAUCGAGAGUGGGCAGAGGAAUGGAAGCACCUUGAUAAUCUCUUGAACUGCAUCAUGGACAUGGUAGAGAAGACGCGUCGCUCUCUGACGGUGCUGCGCCGCUGCCAGGAGGCCGACCGGGAGGAGAUGAAUCACUGGAUUCGGCGCUACAGCGACGUGGAGGAGAUGAAAAAAGGUGGGAGCAACGGACAGCACUGCCUUCCUCCUCCUCCUCCUCACCACAACUCCUCCUCCAACACAGCUAGCAGCAGCGAGUCACUGCCCAUAGGAACUUCCUCGGCUGCUGAAAGGCAGACAGGCAGACAGACAGAGAUCCACAGAGACUUCUUACACAGGCCUCCCUCAGGAUACCUGCCAGAAGAAAUCUGGAGGAAAGCUGGUACUACAAGCAUCCCGCUCUCCCCAGCACUAAAGCACCUCCAAAACAGGCAGGAGGAAGCAGUGAAUGAGGUUAAGCGACAGGCAAUGUCAGAACUGCAGAAGGCAGUGUCGGACGCUGAGAGGAAGGCUCAUGAGAUGAUUUCAGCCGAACGGUCUAAAAUGGAGAGGGCACUGGCCGAAGCCAAGAGGCAAGCCUCUGAGGAUGCGCUAACAGUCAUCAACCAGCAGGAGGAUUCCAGUGAAUCUCACCAGAGCUGCUGGAACUGCGGGAGGAAAGCAAGUGAGACGUGCAGCGGCUGCAACACGGCUCGCUACUGCGGCUCCUUCUGCCAACACAAAGACUGGGAGAAGCACCACCAUGUCUGUGGUCAAGGCCUGCAGGGGCUGCCAGGGGGCAGCAGUGUCCCUCUAGGCACCCCCUCCUCCAGUGCGCCCCCCACCCACUCGGAAAGCACUCCUCCAGGACCUUUGUCCCUGGCAGGCCAGAGCAGUAUUGCGGGAGGGGCUGGCAGUGGCAGUGGAAGUGUCUCUGCCAGCCCCAAGGAGAGCAGUUCCAGCAGUGCCUCGCGCUCCACAACUCCAGCUACCCCCGCCCUACUGGAUGCCACCUCUCGCUGACGUCUGACCCCUUGUCCCUUCCCUGCAUACUGAUGCGACAGUGCCCGCACUCCACACAAAACCAAACUGAGGAAUCUUCAUCGCACACUGCUCCCUUUCCUCCUCCCGUACUUCAAUCCUUAUUUCCCUCUUAUCCUGAGCUCUUCUGAAAAUCUUCUCACUACCUGAUGAUAGACUUGUUUUCUGGACUUGCCCCCCUCCCCCCCAAAAAAAACAAAAACAAACAAAAAAAUACUUUUUCUGUCUUUGUCUCUUUCACAACCACAGCCACAAAUACAAAGAUUCCAGCCUGGGGUUCAGUGUAAUGGAAGGCAUAAAAAGUGUCCAUGUUCAGUCACAGAAACAUAUCAGAUGUGUUUGCUGAAAACAUGAGCUUUGACUUGAAGAUGUGACUAAGAUGUGUCCUCAGUAAUGUAAGCACGCUAAAAUACUGUCCACAUAAGGACACAAGACAAGGGCUGUGGUAAGGCAACAUUGAUGGGGGAUGACUAGGACGGUUAGCACUUGGAUAGGAUUUCCCUUUAAUUUAGCACCAAUGAGAGAACAGUACCCAGCUCUGAGAUGUGCACUACUAGUCCAAACAGUUCACUGAUGUGGCACUUAUUCUACAGUGUUCUAAUGGAGACAGGAAAGGGACAUAAUACCUUUUUUCAAAUGGAUGAAGGAAGGGGAUGCGAUUAAUUCCUCAGACACACAGCUUAGUAUUUAUUAAAUGUUUCUUUCUGGCUUUAAGGGAAAAUAAAGAAAAGUCCAAAUAUUCUAAAUAAAGAAUAAUAGUGAUGAUGAUGAUGCUGAUGAUAACGAUAAUGAUAUGAAAAUAAAUUAAUUUUAAACUGCUAACUACCUUGCUAGCGAGCCAAGAAAAUCUACACCGGACUCACCUCUCUGCACCAUUGUGAACCCAAAUGAAUUCAAAGAUGAAAAAUAACAUGAUCCAAACCUUUGUAUUACACUGCCAAAGUGAGUAAGUAAGCGAUAAGGAGAAGCACUCAUCUUAUAACCAAACGCAAAGCAACAUCACCUCCUCAGCAGAUAAGCCAGCCCUGAGAGGACCAGGCUGCAGAGAAGCUGCAGAACGGGACCCAGAGAUAGUCAGACAUUAAAACAAAACUGUGACCUGCUUUGAUCUGCAGCUGCCUCCUGCAGUCUGGACAAAACUAUAGCGAUUCCUCAGUGAUGGCCCAGACUAGUGAAUAUGGACAAUGCUGUGAACUUGCCUACAAGAAAGACUUAAUGAAAUGGAUGGAAACCCUGCCACAGUGUGAUUUUUCAUGAACGGUAACAGAGAGGAUAGACAGAAAAAAACGAGGAAAGGAAAAGCUACACAGCCUCAAAGGAGAUGAAGAUACAUACAUGGCAACGGAGCUGCCAAAAACCUCAAAACAAGCUUGAAAACAUUGUCCAGGAAGGCAUUGCAUACUACGAAGACGUAUGGAAAGAUUGUUUGUAAGUCCUUUUUUUUAAAGCUCGAGGAGAUAUUUCAAGGAAUUGCUGUUACCUUUACAUUCACUCCCUCCUUUUUCCAAAGCAUGAUAAACAGAUGAAAGAGCCUAGUGAAGGGCGGUGUAGACUUGGUUCUCCUCUCUCUUUCUACCUCCCCUCACCCCACACCUCCCUUCUACGCUCUUCCCCAACUACUUGACUCAAGUCUGCCCCCAGCCCCAGUCUGCUUUGGACAGAGCCUCAGAGCAGUCACGUGGGAAGGGUUCGAACCUGCUUGUAGAUAUUGUUCCUCUUUUCAAUUUCAAUAAUGUCUCUUGUCGCUGAUGUCCAUAUGUGCUGCCCUUGUGUAUAUCCAGAAAGAUGGACUUUGUUUUGGUUUUGUUACCUUUCAUUUUUCCUCCUUUAAGUUUGGGCUGAGCAGUGAAGUCAGAGCAAGGACACUCAUUUAUGAGAGGUAGCCCCACAUUUUACUAAUUGUUUGAUUUGUUGUAUCUAUAUUAAUGAGAUGAAACCCCUCUUGUAGAAUAUUUUGUAUUGCUCGCAUUGUAAGACAGUGAGAGGACGGAGGUGCAAUAUGAAGAGAAUUCAGCUACUGAAUGGAACCUCAGCAACUGCCCAUAGGGUGUCAUAUAAUAUAGAUACAUAUAAAUAUAUUUAAAGUAACAUCGGUAACUUAAUGUGAAUGUACAUAGUAUUUAAAGAGGUCCAAAAAUGUGUUUGCCAAAUAACAGAAACCUUUAAAGUUUAAUGUCCAGAAUAUGAUUUUCUCACAGUUCAUUUGUUUUUCAAAUUUAUCAAUUUUUCCCUUUUUUUUUUGUCAUACUAGUUAAACACUUAAAAUUUCAC